GCUGCGGAUGGAGGAGGUGGGAUUGGAGACGCUAGGCUAGUUGGUGUCGGGGACGAUGGGCUGGGUGGCGGCAUGGGACGGAGGAAGCGGCGGCGAGAGAGCGUGGGCGCUGACGAGGUCGAGAACAUGGGCCACAACAACGCGCUUGGGUCCAGCUCUGACCCCAGCUCUGGCCCCAUCUCUGACCCCAACUCUGGCCCCAGCUCUGACCCCAGCGCUGACCUCGAGGCCAAAGGAUGGUGGCAGGAGCUUGCGCUGUGCGAGCUCCUGCGGAGGAGACUGCGGAAGGAGCUGGGCGAGUUAGAGGCGGCGUACAUGGGCUCGCAGGAACAAUGCGCAGAGGAGAUGGCGCACAAGGGCGGGCGACGGUGCAAGAUGGUGGCGGUGCGCGGGCUGAAGCGUUGCCACUCGCAUCAGCCGUCGCCGGUGACAUGUCCUGUGGAUCCGUCGCACAAGCUCAAACUGCGCGACUACCACGGCCAUGUCUUUAUGUGCCGCGCAGCAGGGGCGGAUCCACAGGCUGGGCGUCCGCCGCGCGGCGAUGCCCACGCGCCGACGGUGUCUACACUUGCUGAGAGCGGCGUUGCCGAGCGGUUACGAGUGGCUUACGUCGAUGAUGCUCUGGCAGUCGUCCACAAACCGGCAGGCAUGCUGACAGCGUCGUCACGCUCAGGCGAGCUUCAGAUGAUGGACGAGCUCGCCAGAGUUGCGCCAGAGCUGGUCUCGCCUGAGCUGCAGUAUGUACAUCGCCUCGAUCGCGACACGUCCGGCCUGGUGGUGAUGGCGCGGAGCAAGAUGGCGGCGCGCGAACUUUCGCUGGCGUUCAAGUCGCGGUUGGUGUCCAAGGCGUACGUGGCGCUGGCAUGUGGCGACGUUGAUCCCGCGGUGCUGGCGGCGGCCAAGGCAGCUCAAGUACACCCGUCAGAGCCUUGCAUCGGCUGGCCCGCGCUCCAGCUCGAGUGGGACGCAACACACAAAGCGCUUGUGGUCGUCUCAGGCCUUGCGUCGCACCCGGAUAUUCGCAUGCUCAACGUGGCGACGCCGAUCUCCAGCGGGGUGGGCAAACCGGCGAUGACGGUGGUUCGGGUCCUGCGCCGCGGGCUGGAGAGCUGCGACGGGUCGCCGCUCACGCUUCUGGCUAUGUAUCCGCUGACCGGGCGGACACACCAGCUGCGGGUGCACGCUGCUGCACUGGGAGCGCCACUGCUUGGCGACGAUGUGUACAACAGCGAGUUUGGCAACCGCGAGCGGUAUGGGGAUCCGGCGGCAUCAAUCCUGCAUCUGCAUGCGGCUCGGGUCGCGUUUCCGCACCCAACGACGCGCGAGGCGAUAGCAGUGGUAGGGCGUCCAGAGAUGGAGGUCUCGCGAGCGUGGCCGCGAGCGUAGCCUGGAAGUGUGGAGAGAGUUUAGGCAAAGACGUCAGCCAGCUCGUUGUACUCGGGCUGGUAGAUGAUGUUGUUCUUGCGGCGGAGCUCCUUGGCGUUGCGCGAGCGGUUGUGCUGGCGCUGGGCGGUCUGCUUGCGGCGGAUAUGGCGGGCGAGGUUGGGCGAGACGUAGUUGGGGUUCUCGUACAGCGUAGCGCCGCAGAACGAGCCGUCAAAGAUGCGGACAAUGUUGAGGACCAUGCGCGGGCCGAUCUCGACCA